AUGAGGAACAGGGCUAGCAACACUUUGUCGAAAGGCAAAAUCCGUCAAUCAUGGAGCAAGUACAACUUGUAUAACAUGUCGCGGUUCCGCAGCCCUGCCACCAUGAACCGAACAUUCUUCCAGCAGAAAUGGUCUGCCAAGGCAGUGUCUCGUGCCUAUCAUGGAGAGCAAGUCCGCGAGGGUCAAUGGAAGCGCAUGUUCUCCCGCCGCAUCAAGAGCGUCAUCCCCAUGAACACCGCCGAUUUGGCCGCCGAUGAUGGAUCACUGGUCUCCGCUGGUCGUGGCUCGGGUCUGAGCAAGGAAGAAAAGCCGAAAUAUCCCACCCGCCAAACACCUUACACCAAUAUGACUUUCGCACCCCUGGAGCGUCGGUUGGACGUUGCUAUCUUCCGAGCUAUGUUCGCCAGCAGUGCGAGACAGGCAAGACAGUUUGUCAUCCACGGAGCCGUCACUGUCAAUGGACAGAAGAUGAGACACCCCAGCUACCUCCUCAACCCCGGUGACCUAUUCCAGGUCGAGCCAGACCGUGUCAUGUUUGCUACUGGCGCUCCCAAAAAUAAGUUUGAGCGUCGCGAGAGCCGAUUGGCCCAAAAGCCAGCGGAGGAAGCGGAGGAAGCCAACGAGGCGGAACAGGCUGAGGUCGAAGAGCCAGAAGUGAAGAGCCCCAAGGAGACUCUCAAGGCGCUGAUGGCCCAGGCCAAGUCAGUCAUGUCGAACGAUAAAGAUACUCUCCCCGCCAAGCGCAAACAGGAGCUCCGCGGCUUCCAAAAGGCGGUCCGCCGUGUGCUGUCCCGCUCCGGCUCCGAAUCCAGUAACAUCCUCACGCAAAGCCUGGAGGUGCAAUUUUCCCAUUUGACAGAGCUCCUCAAGGCCAAGCGUGAGACAAAGGCUCCAAAGCAAGAUAACAAGCCUGCCAAGCGCCAAUCAGAAGAUGAUUCUCUCGCCUUUGACGCCGACGAGCCCGCUGCCAGUGACAAGCUUUCGGCCGCUUUCGAGCAGGCAACCCUCGGCAACGACAUCAAUGCCUCUGAGCUGUCAGACGAGGAGUUCGACACUCUCAAGCGCGCUCUCACCCAGAUGCGCGACAACCCUAUCGACCACACCAAACCCUAUGCUACCCCCUGGCAGCCGCGUGACUACAUGUCCGCUUUUGCCUUCAUCCCGCGCUACCUCGAGGUCAACCAGAACAUCUGUGCCGCAGUGUACCUGCGCCAUCCCGUGGCCCGCCCAGGCUCCGCUGAGGUGCCCACUCCCUUCGGCGAAUCAAUCGCCACUCCGGCUUAUGGUUGGUACCUGAGAAGACGUUGGUAG